AUGUUUAACUCACCGAUGCUGCUGGACUUCAACAGCAACAAUAACAGCAACCAGCAAAAGAGGUCAAAAAUCACAAAGGCAUGCGACAACUGCCGGCGGCGUAGAGUCAAGUGCGACGGAGUCCCCGACGGCUGCGGAGGAUGCAAGGCUGCAAAGACACAGUGCGUCUACACCACCAGCAACACCAAGCGUGGUCCCCCCAAGGGCUACGUUGAGGUUAUUGAGGACAGACUCGGCAAGAUCGAAAACAUGCUUGCUGGCAUUGUCAAGAAGAAGAAGAAGAACGUCGCCCCUCAACCCUCCGACAAUGCCACCGUCUCUGCCAGCACCAGCACAGCUCCUAGUGCCCCCCCAGCCUCCCACUCCGACAGCGAGGAUAGCCCAGACGACGAGGACGAGGACGACCGCGCUAGCACCUACUCCAACGAUCUCGUCAAGGUUAAGCAGCAACCGCCUGCCUCACCAGCGCUACGUCCCACACGCUCCAGCACUCCUACACAACACAACAUCCGCUCUGGCUCCGCUGCAAUGUCCCCACUGGGUCGCCACUCACCGCUUAUAUCCCGUAACCGCUCCUUGACAGCUCUUCUCCCCUUCUCACACGACAACCUACCCCAUCAUAUCGCUGGACAGAACGAACAGGGGGUCAAUGCCCAGUCAGACAUCGCUAUUCUCACCAGCAUGUUUGAUAAGUUGGGAUCGACCUCUGUACGCACCACUGUCCCCUUCCCAUGGCUCACACCAGAGCAAUCUCGCCAAUACGGUCGCAACCACCUUCAAUUCUCCUUCGAGAGUUUGGAGCCUCCGCUUCCGACUCUCGCCCGCUCUUUCCCUCCCACCAUUUCCACCGAGCAAAUACAUCAACUCCUGGAGUCCUUCUUUGAGCGGUUCAAUAUCUACCUGCCAAUUGUUCACCAGCCUACUUUCAUGAGGCAAUGGGAGCACCAAAACUGCGUCCUCUGCCCGAACGCACAGCUAAAGAACCGUCAACCGCAAGUAAGCGAGAUGAAUGCCCAUAAGCUGCACUCUCCGGACUCUGUAGCACCCAUCUCGCCUCUAUUGCUCAAUGCCCUGCUGGCUGUCGCCGCCAGGGUCCCCUCGACGGGUUCCAAGAUGACUGCAGAGGAGCGCCAGCGCUCUGGAGCUCUCAGCCAGGGUUUCUUUGACGCAGCACGCUUGCUGUUGGACGACUUCAUGGAUGUGCCCCGAGUGAGCACUGUCCAGGCGCUUUGCCUGAUGUCGCAGUACCAUCACCAAGGUCAGUGGAAGGCCACGCGGAGCAGCAAUUACCUCUCGAUGGCCAUCCGCAUGGCUCACGAGCUCGGUCUCCACCGCGACCCCGAAAAUAUUGUCCACGGCCCCGAGGCCGAUGGGCUGCGAUACCUCUGGUGGUCGAUGUUCAUCCUUGAUCAUCAAUUCUCUGCCUGGCUGGGUCUGGGCUUGAUGAUGCAUGGCAAGGAAAGCGAUGUCGAGCUGCCCAUGGACCCCACAUCUUCACAGCAGGACCUGCGUGGAUUUGUCUGCAUGGUUCGCCUCGUCAAGAUUCUUGGAAGUGUUUUGCAGCACUCGUAUUCAACACAGUCGCUGCCACCACAGUUUGGCGGUCACGACUCGAUGGUCUCGUAUAUUGAAGGUUCGCUCACAUCGUGGUUAAGCAAUCUCGCUCCCGAAAUGCGCUGGCAAAACCCCAACAUCGCCAGGCGUGGCACGCCUGGAUCGCCCAUGCGCUCGCCUCCAACUGUCCAAGCUUCAAUUGCCGAGGCACGACGUGCUGUUGCCCUUACCAAGGAAGCAGGCGAAGUCUAUCCUGCCUAUCUCCAUAUUGUGUAUAAUGCCACUCUGAUCCUGCUGCAUCGCCCCUAUAUUGUCGGUGCCGCUGGUUCCCCAGCAGCAGCUCAAUCAAAUACCAUCUGCACAGGAUCUGGACGCGCUAUUACCGACAUCGCACAGGGCUUGGACAUGGAGCAGUGCUCUUAUGUCGUCAACCGAUUUACUCUUUACGCCCUUUUGCAAGCUGGCGUGAUCCAUGCCAUGAACGCGGUGUAUGACAAGCGAGGCUUCCAGGUGGCGAUGGAUUACUACCAGCGCACGCUCGCUGUCCUUGAAGGCUUCCUGAACUGCUCAUCUUAUUCUGGAGGUGUUUCUGAAGGAAUCAAGAUUCUCGAGCAAUUCUUGGAGAGCACAUCGAAGGCUGCAGCAGAGGAAGGGCGUAAUAGUGAAGGAAGCAGUAUGGGAGGCAUGUAUCAACAACAGGAAAUGGAUGCUCAGCCAUCUCGCAAGAAGCGUCAACUCGAGGCAGCCCCACAGUUGUCACAAAAUUCUUCGGCAUCAGUCCAAUACACAUCGACCACAACAACAUCACUACCACAGAACGUUAUGACCGCUACGACCCUCUCUAUGAUGAACGCUGCAUCGGCAGCGGCGGCGAAUGCGACGACGAACGGUUCCAUUAAUGCCCCCUACCAGUAUAUCUACAGCCCGGCUGCACAGCAACAACAACAGCAACAGCAGCAACAACAGCAACAGCAGCAACAACAGCAACAACAGGCACAAUCGCGCCCUAUCGACCUGAAGGAGCAGCAGAAGCAGCAACAGCUCAAGAUUCAGCAACAUCAUCGCUUCAUGGGUGCCCAUGUCAUCCCUAGCCACCGAUAUGCGAUGCAAAUGCUUCAGCAGCAGCAACAGCAGCAACAGCAGCAACCGCACGGCCAUGUACAUAUGCCCAUGACCAUGACCGCUCUUACAAUGGAGGCUCAACAGAAGAUGGCGCAAGAACAGCUGAACAUGGGCUCAAUGAGUGCGAUGAUGACGGAUGGUCUUGACUAUGACCCCGCCAAGUUCUGGGUUGAUUUCUCGGAAACGAACAACGGAACCCUCAACCCGGCGCAGCUGCAGCAGGAUUCCUCAGUCGCUGUGAACAGGCCAAUGGCUGAGAACCAGUUCAGCAGCUCCCUCUGGUUGUAA